AGCAGCAGAGCAGUCAGAGCUCAUUCCCUUACUAAGAAGGCAGUUCCUCCAUAAAAACCUGGCAGUCUUUCGCCUCUGUCCUUGGAGUUACUUGUCAGAAGUCAUGUGUCGAGGACUCGAAUCGCUGCCCAUCACCUGCCUUGAACGGGCAAAGGAGCUGAGAGCUUUGUUUGGAAGUUUACUACAGAAGUCAGACCACAGCAACUGUGGCCAGUCCAAGAAAAAUGACAAACUCAGGCUAAAUGAAGUCAAUGAGCCUCUCAAAUGGAGAGAAUCCUUCGAAAAACUCUUGUCCAGUCAAAAUGGACUCUGUCUAUUCAGAGCAUUCCUGGUAUCUGAGUUCAGCGAGGAAAACAUUGCCUUUUAUUUAGCGUGUGAGGACUACAGAACGUCCAAACCUUCCAAACUGGCCAGCAAGGCAAAGAAAAUUUAUGAAGAGUUCAUCUGCUCCGACGCACCACGAGAGGUAAAUCUCGACCAUGCAACCAAAGCAAUCACCAUGGAGAACAUGCAGCGACCUUCUCUGUCCUGUUUCAACCUGGCCCAAGCUAAAAUCUACACCCUGAUGGAGAAAGACUGCUACCCUCGCUUCCUCAAGUCCUCAAUGUACCUGGACAUGACCAGAAGGACAGGUUAAUAGACUUGAAGAAGAAAACAAAAUGAAGAAAUGAUGCAUACAGACUCAGAAAGUGGCAAAGCUGUGAUGGGACAAACACAACUUUAAUGAAGAGCUGUGGAGUUAUUUUGGGAAACAAGAUGGGGCUCCCGGGUGGAGGCCGGAGUCCACGUGAGGCUGUGAGAGGACACUGACAGACAGAAAGCACCGCGGGCUACGGCAGCCUCUGACCAACACACAUGCAGUUUACACACAGACUGAUCAAUGCCAGGCAGCCUGGCAGGAAUCAAGAGAAAACGAAUGAUGCUGUCACACAACAAAACUACCACUGAUGCUUCUGAGUAGCAUUAAUUGUUAUUUAAGGCUUAUUUAUUUAAAGUAUUUUUUUUAUUAAAUGUUUGCUGUGCAAAUAUUUUUGGAAAAUGCGUUUGUGUUUUGUACAUUGAGAUGCAUUAAAAUGCAUAAAAUGAAUAAAAGUGGAAAAAAAACAUGAAA